AUGGCCAAUGUCGAGGCAGGCAAUAUGCCAGUCAACGACGAAAAGGCCAUCGCUCAUCAUAAAGAAAGUAUGGGGGGAGACGGUGCCCAUGAUGCUGCAGAAAGAGGCUAUCUGGCCACGGAUGAACAUGGCCAAGCUCUGGUGGAGUUUGACAAGGCCGCCGAGUCACGAUUGCGGCUGAAGAUUGACUUGUACAUUGUUCCAACCGUGGCAGUGAUGUACCUGUUUUGCUUUAUUGAUCGAGCCAACAUUGGAAAUGCCAAGCUAGCUGGCUUUGACAAGGAUCUUGGUCUUGUAGGCUAUGAUUACAACAAAGUGCUCUCGGUCUUCUUCAUCUCGUAUAUCAUCUUUGAAAUUCCCAGUAAUCUCAUGUGCAAAUGGGUCGGUCCUGGUUGGUGGCUCCCUGCCAUUACUCUUGGAUUUGGCAUUUGCUCUGUCGCCACGGCAUUUGUGCAUGACAUUCAUAGCGCAUCUGGGGUCCGCUUCCUGUUGGGUAUCUUCGAGGCAGGUCUGCUACCCGGAAUUGCAUACUACCUUUCCCGUUGGUAUCGCCGAAGUGAACUUGCUUUUCGUCUGUCCUUGUAUAUUGUUAUGGCUCCGCUGGCCGGAGCCUUUGGUGGUCUCCUGGCCUCGGGUAUCUUGAAGCUCGAUCAUUUUGGCUCUCUCCACACUUGGCGAAUGAUUUUUGCCAUUGAGGGUAUUGUCACCAUUGGGAUUGGUGUUAUUGCAUUCUUCACAUUGACCGACCGGCCGGAGACGGCUCGGUGGCUCUCACAGGAGGAAAAGGAUCUGGCAAUUGCUCGUGUCAAGUCCGAACGCGUGGGCACGACGGAAGUCCUCGAAAAACUUGACGUACCGAAGACCCUACGUGGUAUUUUCAGUCCAGUGACCCUCACCACGGCGCUCAUCUUCCUAUUGAACAAUAUUACUGUUCAGGGUCUUGGAUUCUUUGCUCCCACCAUUGUGAAAACCAUCUAUCCCGACGCCUCUGUGAUUUCUCAGCAACUGCACACAGUCCCUCCCUAUAUUGUUGGAGGCUUCUUCACCGUGUUGUUCCCUUUCCUCAGUUGGCGCUUUGAUAAUCGACUGAUCUUCUUUAUUAUCUGUCCACCGUUGAUGAUGACUGGUUAUAUCAUGUUCCUCGCUAGCGAAGACAGCAUGGUCCGAUAUGGGGCCACCUUUAUCAUCGCCAGCGGGGCCUUUGCCUUCGGUGCGCUAUGUACAGCCCAUGCCUCGGCGAAUGUCGUGUCCGAUACGGCGCGAUCAUCGGCUAUUGGCACGACGGUUAUGUUUGGCAAUGUGGGCGGUCUCAUCAGCACCUGGUCCUUUCUCCCCUCGGACGCUCCCAAUUACCACAUUGGUAAUGGACUCAACUUGGCAACCUCGAGCACCAUCCUCCUGCUCGGGGCUUCGUUGUGGGCGUAUAUGGCCUGGGACAAUCGCCGCCGUGAGCGAGUAGAUGUGGCCGGUGUCUUGGCGGGACUUUCGCGCAAACAGAUCCAGGACCUUGACUGGCGCAACCCUGGAUUCCGUUGGCGGCCCUAG